GCCAAAAUCCUUCAUUCACCAAAACAACCCGCAUCCCUCUUUAAGUUUGCAAUACCUGUCACUCCUCGCUAUUCCCUAAGAGCUAUCGAGUCAUGCCAUCCUUACAAAAAAAGCCAUCCACAGACUUCGGAGUGUUAUUCAUGAGUCUCGGUGUUGUGUUGAUUUCCUUAUCAUCUUCUUUUGUGACUGCUGCUGCUGCUGCUGCUAGAGAUGAAGUGGGCAAAGAAUGGAAGGAAGCAGAAGCUCUCCUUAAAUGGAAAGCCAGUCUUGACAACCAGAGCCAAUCCCUCCUACCUUCUUGGGGUGGAGGAGGCCGAGGCCACCCAUGCAACUGGGUUGGAAUUGCUUGCGAUGAGUUGGGAAGCCUCACCCAUCUAAACCUUUCGAGUCUUGGUUUGAGAGGUACGCUUUACAAACUCAGUUUCUCAUCCUUUACCAACCUCCUCACUAUUGAUCUUUCAAGUAACUCGCUUUAUGGAAAUAUUCCCGACCAAAUUGGUAACAUUUCCAAACUCACCAAUCUCAACUUGGCUUUUAAUAAUCUCAGUGGUCCCAUCCCUACUUCUAUAGGAAAUUUGAGCAACUUAUCCGGACUUUUCCUUCACGAAAACUACCUUUCAGGAUCUCUUCCUCCAGAAAUUGGGAAACUGCAAAUCCUAGGCUUUCUACUCCUCAAAAGCAACCAUCUCUCUGGUUCCAUACCUCAAGUAGUUGGAACGAUGAGAUCUCUCUGGCAACUUGAUUUGUCAGUAAAUUUUUUCACCGGUGGAAUCCCCACUUCCAUAGGAAACUUGAGCAACUUAGAAUUUCUUUUCCUUUAUUGGAACCAACUUACGGGUUCCAUCCCUGAGGAACUUGGAUCGCUUAGAUAUCUGAAAGUAUUUCAAUUAACAGGAAAUAAUCUAUCUGGUGCAAUCCCUGCUUCCAUAGGAAAUAUGGCCAACAUGGGAAGUCUUCUAUUUUCCAUGAACAAACUUUCUGGAUCAAUUCCAUCAACUAUUGGAAACUUGACCAAGCUCAGUUACUUAGGCUUGUUUAUGAACAACCUAAGUGGUUCCAUUCCACGUGAAAUGGAUAAUCUAACCAAUUUUAUAAAAUUUCAACUCUCUGAUAACAAACUUACAGGCCAUUUACCUCAACAUGUAUGCCAGGCUGGAUCACUUGAAAAAAUUGCGGCCUCAAAUAACCAUUUGACAGGUCCUAUCCCAAAAAGCUUGAAAAAUUGCACUAGCCUAAUUAGAGUUACGCUUAAGGGAAACCAACUAAUAGGAAAUAUAACCGAAGACUUCGGAAUUUACCCGAACUUGUACUUUAUCGAUUUGAGUGGCAAUCACUUGUAUGGCGAGCUUUCAUCAAAGUGGGGGCAAUGCCAUAAUUUGACAUACUUGAAUGUCUCCAACAAUAAGAUCUCUGGUAGUAUACCACUUGAGCUCAGUGAGGCAAGUCAACUUGGUAAGCUCGACCUCUCAUCAAAUCAUUUAAUAGGGAAGAUUCCAAAGGAACUCGGGCUCUUGAAGUCAUUGCUCAGUCUUCUAUUGAGCAAUAACCAACUUUCAGGUAACAUUCCUUCAGAAAUUGGAAUGUUGUCUCAUGUUACAGAUUUGAACCUAGCAGAAAACAAUCUAAGUGGCUUGAUCCCUACACAACUUGGUGAGUGCUCGGAAUUACUAUUCUUGAAUUUGAGCAAAAAUAUACUCGAGGGAAGAAUUCCUUCUAGUAUAGGUAGUCUACAAUCUCUUGAAAAUCUUGAUCUUAGUUGGAAUAUGCUGAUAGGAAAGAUACUACCACAGCUUGGAGACAGUCUUCGGUUAGAAAUAUUGUAUCUCUCUCACAAUAAUCUCUCUGGUUCUAUCCCAUCCACUUUUGAUGAUAUUUCAAGCUUAACAUCCAUUGAUAUAUCCUACAAUGAGUUAGAAGGUCCUAUUCCCAACCAAAAAGCCUUUCGUGAGGCUUCAGAUGAAGCAUUUCGAAAUAAUAAAGGCUUGUGUGGUAAUGCCACUGGUUUGAAGGCUUGCAUUCAAAAUCCUUAUGGUAAAAGGGGCAACAAAUUUGUAUUAAAAAUUCUAAUUCCUGUUUUGGCCAGUAUAUUUCUGAUAUUUAUUAUUGUUGGAGUUCUACGUAUUAGUUGCCAAAGAGUGAGGAAUACCGAAGCCAAGCCAAGAGACAUACAAAAUGAUGAUGUAUUUGCAAUAUGGAGCUUUGAUGGGAAAAUGGUAUAUGAGAACAUCAUUGAAGCUACAGAGGAAUUCGAUUCCAAAUAUUGCAUUGGUGUUGGAGGAUACGGAAGUGUAUACAAAGCUGAGUUGCCAACAAGUCAAGUUGUUGCUGUGAAGAAACUUCAUCCAUUACCAAAUGGCGAGAAAUCCAAUCAAAAAGCCUUCAUAAGUGAGAUUCGUGCCUUAACAGAAAUAAGACAUCGUAACAUUGUGAAGCUUUAUGGUUUUUGUUCACAUCCACGGCACUCACUUCUGAUUUAUGAAUAUUUGGAAGGAGGAAGCUUGGUACAUUUACUAAACAAUGAGGAACAAGCAAAAGCAUUUGACUGGAUCAAGAGGGAUAAUGUCGUCAAAGAUGUGGCGAAUGCUUUAUCUUACAUGCACCAUGAUUGCUCGCAUCCUAUAAUCCAUCGAGAUAUAUCAAGCAAGAAUGUGUUACUAGAUCUCGAAUGUGUGGCUCACAUUUCUGACUUUGACACUGCAAGACUUUUGAAGCUUGAUUCAUCCAAUUGGACUUCACUCGCUGGCACCAUAGGGUACAUGGCCCCAGAACUUGCAUACACAAUGGAAAUUAAUGAGAAGUGCGAUGUUUAUAGCUUCGGAGUGUUGGCAUUAGAAAUAAUCAUGGGAAAGCAUCCUGGAGAUCUCAUUUCAUCUCUAUCAUCAUCACUCCCAUCCUCAUCAACAUUCACAACUCAUAUGCCAUUGAACGAUGUGUUGGACCAACGCCUUUCACUCCCUACCAACAAAGUUGCAAGUGAUGUGCUCUCCAUUGCAAAGAUUGCGAUUGCUUGCUUACAAACCAUUCCACAAUCUCGUCCAACAAUGAAACAAGUUUCUCAAGACCUAUUAACUCAGAAACCAGAUCUCACGAAGCCAUUACACAUGAUCACUUUAGGAGAAGUAGUUGAUGUCAGAGGCUCGACUGUGUAAUUGUUUGUUUUCUUCAUGUUCACCUUCUUGUUUAUGCAUUAUGAAUUGUGACUCCUCUUUUUUCUCUUUUUCACUUUUACUUUUCUCCUCUGUACUUUGCUUUGUUGUAUUGUGUCUAAUUGGCAAGAUUCUAAAUACAAUAUAGUAUA